AUGACCGAACGGAGCAGGCAGACGAACUCGGUGGCGACAGCAAAGCAGAUCCGGAUUCCGAGGAUUGCGAUCGCGCCGCCGACGAGCCAGCUCACCGGAAUGCAUUAUAUUUCACGUGAGUUGGGGAAGCCGUGAGUCACGUUUGGAAUUGAAUGUUUUGUCAGUGAGUAACAACUGGAACAUUCCUAUUUCAAAAAUAACAUAGAGAAAAGAGCUAGUUCGCGCCACCGUCUCCAGAGCUGACAAUGGGCGCAAGUGCGCCCCGCCCAAUAGAGCGAUACAUUGGCGCGAAAUUCGAAUUUUAACAGCAUAAUUUGUGUUUUUUGCCAGAUUAGCCACGAAAAACCGAUAAUUUCUCAUUUUUCUCUCGAUAGACCGAUUAUAUAGGCUAUUACGAAUUUUUUAAGCGCAAGAUCGUCAAAUUUGGUCAAGUCGAAAAUCAUAUUUAUCCGUUUGAAGGUUUUUGGCUAAAACUGCGUGAAUUUCAGUUGCGUUUCGAUAGUUUUCGUGGUUCGAGCUCUCAAAAUGCUUGUAUUUACGUGAUUUAUCAUUCUCAAAACCAAUUCUGUCUGAAAACGGUCAAGAAAGCGCAAAAUGAGAAGUGCGGUUUUUAGGCGGCGAUCGGCCAAAAAAUGCGCCAAAACGUCUAUAAUUCAGAGAAUUAGUUUGUUUUCAUGUCGAACAAUCAUUUUUCAUUGCCUUUGACCACAAAAAUCAGAGAAAACCUGGUCAAUUCAUGAAAACGUCAUUUGGCCGAGGCCACGCCCAUAUUGUCAGCUCUGGAGACCGUGGCGUUCGAUGAAUAUUUCGCAUUUCAGCGCACGUCUCUUCGACGAUUCCCCGCCGGCAUGACAUCCUCACAUCGCCCACGUAUAUCGCCGACCAUCUUCCGUCUCGUCGGCUCUCCGAGAUCGACAGCCCCUUCUACCUGCCCUCUCUCUUGUCCUCGACAGCCGACCGGGCCCCCAGAAGCCCUUUGCCGAUCAGCGGAUACUCGACGGCUCCGCUCAGAAUCCGAACGGACGUCUCCACUCGCUUCGUGGACACUGUCACCGAUCACACGUUCAGUGGUGCGCGCGACUUUUCGAGGGAUCGGGCACUGACUUCGGCGGACAACCACGCGGACUUCAUCCGACUCUCCGACUACCCGGCCACUUCUGCUGUGAUCGGAUUGCAGCCGCCACGGAUCCUGACGCCCACACCGAGUCCGUUGACCAAUGAGCUCAACGAUCCGGCUUCGAUCGUCGCGGAGACUCCGGAAGACGUCGACCGGCUCGCGCUCUUCAAUAAUUCCUCGUUGGGAUAUCAGAGAGUGUGCUUCCUUCUGUCGAGAUAUCCGGCCGUCGCAAUGACGAUCAUCGGCACGUGGAUGUUGUGGGGACGCGGCUUGGGGCUGAGUUCGAAGCAGUCGAACGAGAACGUCUGCUAUAUUGUCUCAUUCGUCGCCGGAGUUUAUAUUCUCGUCAGUCAAUUGCUUCUCUCCACCGGGCAUGGCAAUUCGUACAAGAAGGAGAAGAUUCUGUCGAACCUCUAUCACUUCUCCAACACAAUCGGACUGCUCAUUUCGAUCACCGUCAUCGUCUUCGCCUCGAUCUCCUUCCAACACGUCAAACGAGUCAAGUGAGUGGAUAUUAUCCAUUUCCUGAAGCCUUCAAUAUCUUUUCCCAGCCAUAACAUCGACACCUGCACGUGGCAAAAGCCCGAACUCGGCGGCAACGUGGCAUUCUACUGCUUCACUCCCAACGAGCGAAUGAUUUUCCUUUCGAUUCUCAUCGGCGCGGCUGGUCUCGUCUGCAUUCUCUACUUUUUCAGCGGGAUUUACGGAUGUAUUGGUGAGUUUUUUUCAGAAGAACUGAGAGCAGAAGAAGAAGGAGAAGUUGACAUUUCAGGUCAAUCGUUGAUGAAAAAGAAAAGAGAGGACGAGUACAGACAGUACGCUCAGGCGCACGAUAACGCAUCUUUCCGAUUCUGA